GGACCAAUGGGGACUUUUAUCCCGCCCCUAAACUGCAUAAAACCCUACGCGUGUUUUGAAAAGUGUUUGGAGUUGGAGUUGAAGUUGAAGGUCGCAAGACUUGAAGACUAGUUUCUGAUUCCUGCUACAGCACGACUGUAUAUCUCUUUCAUUCCUGCAACACUUUGGCGAUUGGAUUCCUUCAUCGACUCUGCACCACCAGGGAGGAUGAACUUCAGAGGAGAAGACGCGCUACAGCGGCAGGAGGACGCGGACCCUCAGCCCGGAUGGACCGGACUAUACGACCCCUGGACCGGGAGACUAGGGGAACAAACACGUCAAGACGAGCUCAACUACAGCGAGCAGAGUGACUCUGAGGAUGAGGAAAUUGUGUUUAUUCUGCAGCAGGAUGUGCAAGAUGGAGGUGAUGAGAAUGAGGUCACUGUGAGGAGCUCAUCCCCUGUUAGGAGCCCAUCCCCACCUGCAUGGAGCCCAUCCCCACCCAUGAGGGUCCUGUUACCUGUAUGGGACCUAUCACCAGCAAGGAGCCCAUCCCCACCUAUUAGAAACCCAUCCCCACCUAUUAGAAACCCAUCCCCACCUAUUAGAAACCCAUCCCCUUUAAGGACCCCAAUCCCUAUAGUACGUCCCACGCCAUCCUACGCCAUCCCACCCCUUCCCAUUGUUGUGUUGCACGACAUGCAGUCUGGUCAGCCUUUCGUUCCAGCGUCCGUGACCUUCCAUGUUUGGCGCCAGAGAAUAAGUAGAAGGGAUGAGGAGGAAGACAGUCGAGUAGUCCCUUCUGCAUAUCCUGUUCUAGACCAGGGGAAGAGGUGGAGGGAGGAAGAGGAAGACGAUGAAUUCUUCCCUUCUAGUAGACGACAGCGUGUGGAACCUGAGUGGGAGAUGCAGGUAGUCACAAGGCCCCUCCAAUUACCAGUUGAAGUGAUUCCUGCACUAAGCAGUGAUCUUUGAGCAAACCCCAAAGAUCACCCCGUACUCAUCAUGUGGUAAGUAUCAGUGGUAGGUAUCUGGGGUAAGUAUUUGACCUCUAGUCUUUAGCUUUAGUCUGGUUUUAUUUUUCUUACUUUUCUUAGUCUAAAUUUGUAGUGAAUUUCACUUCCAGACUCCAGCAGUAGUAGCGUUAAACCAUUUUCAUGACGGACUGAAUUUUGGUAAGAUAAUAGUAGUAGUUAUCGCAAUUAUGUUAGUUUAUAAUUGUCUGGUUAGUGUUUAAUGUAUAGGCUUGUUACUUUAGUAUGUUGUAUAUUUAGGAAAUAUGAAUUAGUAUUUAUUAUAGAACUUAUAAUUAACCAGUUUUCUGUUCAUAUAUGUGUAGGUUAUGCAUAUUGCUGCAAAUAUUUAUGCUGUUGUAAAUAUGUAUAUAUUAAGUAUUUAAGAUUUAGGAUUUUAAGAUUAAGUUGUACAGAAGUAGUGCACUCCCACCCCCAAAUGCCCCUA